AUGGUCUCCCUCUACAAGCACCAUGCUCCCUCCACCACCUCCCUCUCCGACGACGACGACAACGACGAGGAGACCAACCAGUUUGCCUUCAAUCCAGACCACCAUGUCCUUCCCGCCCCAUGGGCUUUCAAGGGGCAGCCCACCUCCACCGUCGUCCACAGGCCUGCUUCCCAUUCUCCCAUAUCAACAAUACCCGCAGAGAUUAUGAUCCAGAUUUUCAAGCAUCUGCAUUCAUCUAAAGAUCUCUAUACCGCCCUGCGAGUUUCGCGUACCUGGUGCCAGUGUUCUGUCGAGCUCCUGUGGCACAAGCCCUCGUUUCCAAAGUACAAUACGAUACACAAGAUGGCCGCCCUUCUCCAGCGAGAGAAACAGACAUUCACCUACGCCCUCUUCAUUCGUCGUCUCAAUUUUCUCAAUCAUGGCGCAGAACUCUCCGAUGAACUCAUCAGCAUGUUUGCCCGUUGUGACCGUCUCGAACGACUAACAUUGAUAGGAUGCAAGCAGAUAUCCAGCGAGGCACUCUGUUCCAUCCUUCCUAAAUUCUCCCACCUUGUUGCCAUCGACCUCACAGGCGUCACAAAUACAUCAAGCGAAGCCAUCAUCGGUCUUGCCUCUGUCGCCACCCGUUUGCAGGGCAUCAACCUUUCGGGUUGUGAGAAUGUUACCGAUUCUGGAAUCGUUGCUCUUGCCAAGUCGUGCCCCCUUCUUCGCCGCGUCAAACUGAGCAAUUUAACCAAAAUUACAGACAUCUCAGUUUCUGCGCUUGCAGAGAAUUGUCCUAUGCUUUUGGAAAUCGACCUCAAUCAUUGUGCACUCAUCACAGAUGUCUCAGUGCGUCUUAUCUGGACACACCUUACCCAUAUGCGAGAAAUGCGUUUAUCUCACUGCAUACUCCUCACGGAUGCUGCUUUUCCUGCUCCUCUACGACCCGAUUCCCAGGGUGACGCUAUCAAUCCGUUUGCUCAUUCCAGUGCAAAGACAGACGAAUUACCUCCUCUUCAUAUCAAUCGUACUUUCGAUAAUUUGCGUAUGCUAGACUUGACAGCGUGUGCUCUCGUCACAGAUGAUGCUGUCGAAGGCAUCAUCUCACAUGCAUCUAAAAUUCGAAACUUGGUGCUUUCAAAAUGUGUUCUCCUUACCGAUAAGUCAGUGGAGACCAUUUGCAAAAUUGGGCGACACCUACACUAUUUACAUCUCGGUCAUGCAAGCAAGAUUACCGAUCGUGCCGUGCGCCUUCUUGCCCGAGCAUGUACGCGUAUACGAUAUAUCGAUUUUGCAAAUUGUGUCAAUCUAACCGACAUGUCUGUAUUUGAACUUUCGUUGUUGCCCAAAUUGCGACGGGUUGGCCUAGUUCGCGUCAAUCGGCUCACAGAUGAAGCUAUUUAUGCCCUGGCUGAGCGGCAUGCUACCCUUGAACGUAUCCAUUUGUCAUACUGUGAUCAGAUUUCAGUCAUGGCCAUCCACUUUCUCCUUUUAAAACUUCACAAAUUAACCCAUCUCAGUUUAACUGGAGUUCCGGCAUUUAGGCAGGCAGAACUACAGAGAUUCUGCCGCGAGGCGCCCAAAGAUUUUAAUACUGCCCAACGUCUUGCUUUUUGCGUGUUCUCCGGUAAAGGUGUCUCACAGCUUCGGACAUAUCUCACAGAACUAUUCGACCGCAUCACGGAGAUGAAUAACACGGACGAUACCGAGUAUGAAGAAGAUGAUAUUGAUUCCCAGGAAGAUGAUACCCCAGAACCGGAGAUUUAUGUUGAGGCUAGAGAGAGGGAGAGAUUCCCUCGCCCUGACAUCAUGUAUAAUGAUGGUCGACCCUCGCACCGUAUCCGCAAUGCAAAUGUCGAAGAGCAUAUUGCACGGCAACGACAGAAUUUCUUAUCCAACCCCAGUGCGGUUGGCGGGCAUCACGUCAAUUCUUCUCAUCGUAACGGGAACGGUGUUCCACAUCUUUCUACUUCGCCAACAACCAAUAUACGCGGAGCUACUACGCGACUAAAUGCUCAAAUCCAAGCCGCGACACCUCUUGCCGGACCAUCACGACAUCAAGAAGAAUAUUCUGACUUUGGAGCUCUCAGAAACCGGACACGAGCGGGGAACACUCAGCGAGUUGUGGCCCGCCCCAACAAUACAAUCGCGGGACAAGAUGGUCUGGAGCAACGGCGGCAAACUGAAGGCGAAAGCAGUCGUGUGCUUGACACCGAGGUAUUGUCGUGGACCCGUACACAACUCAGACCUAUCGCCGAUGUACUACCAGUCGUUGAAUCAUCGGCUUCACCGUCGCCCAACGAUCUAGUACCAAAUGAUAAUGGAUCGGGUUUCUUUAGAACCUAUCAGGAAAGGCCUACAUCUCCAACUGUCUCAUCCCGUGGAAAUGGUGCUCUGACCCCAGAUCUUAAUUAUGCUGAAAUUGGCCAUGGCCGCGGAGCUCAUGGAGGAAAUGUCAGAAGUGGACUGAAUGCUAAUCCAGACCUCACCCCGAUGCCAGCGUCUGCACCUCGGUUAUCUGAAACCCCUGCAUUAGAACCACCAUCGCAGUUUGCCAGUUCUGAUUCAGAAUGCGAACCUACGAAAGUCCCAGAACAUUCCACGCCUGUUGCACCACCCGCAGAAAAUUCUUGGCUACACAAUGCUUCGUCGUCGGUGAACAGACGUGUGCCACCCGAAUCAUCAGCCUUAUUGGAUGUAGCCACAAACGAUAACAACAGGCAACAUACCCUUGUUACAGAUUCGAGAGGGCGACGUGAACAAACCGGCAAUCAAGUCCAGCUGCAGGGUGGAUCGGACCCCCGAGCGAGAAGCGUCAAGAGGACUUUUCGAAGCACCAUUAACGCUGCUGAGCAUUAUGCUAACUCGUUCUUCGGAAGAGGGGAUCGACCUGAUGCUGGUAGUUCCGGCGGGCCACAUCCUUAA